UCGAACACAUAGUGCUAGCCACAAAUUGCACUUUGACUUUGUUCCUUGGUGUUCGUCUUCUUCUCCAUAUAAAUUUGCUUCCAAGACUCGUGAAGACGCUUGCGAUCUGCCUGAAAGGUUCUCAACAUUGCUUUGUGAUUGAGCUUUUUAAACCGAUUGAUCGUAACCUGGAUUCACUACUGGAUUGAGAGCAACAGACUCUCCCCAGACGUAGAGGUAACGGACAUGCAUGAGUUUUGUUAAGUCAAUCGGCCAAAAUUUCGGGUGAUAUAAGAUAUACAAUUUCUGUUGAUCAGACAAUUAUUUGAUUCAUGGAAAAGGAGAAGUGAAUUCCCAGAUGAAAGAUCAAGGCAUUGCGAAUAUAUAAGAUAAGUUUUCUCUUGUUAUAUGCUCCAAAAUUGUUUUACUCUAUUAUAUGUUGUAAAUUCUAAAUUAACAAAUCAAGUGAUUUUCAUGAAUAAUCGAUUUUUCUCAAUUUUUUCUUGUACAUUCCAUGUUUUUCUGUUUGAGCCUGAAAAUAUUUUGUAUUUCUUAUACUCAAGUUUAUUAACUUCAUUUAUUUCUGUUUGGGCCAGCUUCUUACAAUUAUCUUUCGGAGUUAGGUCUGUCAUAUACGGCCCUAUCGAACAAACAAAGAAAAAGACAAAUUUCUGAUAACAAAGAAUUCGAGGCUGUUACUUGCGAUUGGAUUCUUGAUGCAAAGUCUUUGUUGGUAAUAUCAUUCAGAAGUCGGUCAAAAACAAAACUCAAAGGGAUGUCUUUUGAUUUCGCAGCAACUGUUAUCUGUUUAGGAUCAGUAUGUGAGCGUUUCCGAUGAGCACCAGCUCCACUGGAAUAUUGUAGCUUUCUUUUCAUCCUGUUGAUAAAAAUAGGAUUGACUAUGCUCUUAACAUGAAGUAACAAAUGCGCGUAGGAUCGUGGACACGAAUUGUGAGAGGCGUUGCUUCAAAAGAGGAAUCAGUGACGUUGGAAUUGCUUAUGAUAGAAAGCUUGUAUUUAUGACUCGUUGGCCGGUACUUCCCGGUAGCUGAAGUAACGGAAAAAUUCUCAAGGAACCUCCAUUGUCCAACCUGCAAUUUCUUAACACGAGCAAGGAAGAGCCGCUUGCAGAAACGUCGCAUAAAAGCUCUGUAACAUACACCAAAACAUAGAGAAAGAGAGACAGAGAGAGAUUUGGUUAUCAGAUCAAACCAAAAAUGGGGAAGCGAAGAGGCGUCUCUGCAGUGAACGUUGUAUUCGGGUGGUUGAGACACCAAUCUAAAAUGGUUAAGAUACCUUUAGGGAUCAUCCUCCCUCUGAUCCUCGUCGUGUUUCUUAGAUUCACCGUCAAGAAUCACAACCACUUCUUUGUUGCCUCUGAGCUCAUCCAUGCCGCCGGAAUCAUAAUCCUCAUCUAUAAACUCACCCGUCAAAAGACUUGCUCCGGUCUUUCUUUAAAGUCUCAAGAAGUGACAGCAGUGUUUCUUGCUGUGAGGCUGAUCUGCAGUAUAAGCAUGGAAGGUGAUAUCCAUACAGUUCUGGAUUUCGCCACUUUGGUUUCGACUUUGUGGGUCAUUUAUAUGAUUCGAUUCAAACUGAAAGCAUCUUAUGUGAAGACUCUGGACAACUGCCACCAUUACUAUGUGCUUGUUCCAUCUGCUAUCCUUGCUUUCAUUAUCCACCCGAGUACGAGAUAUACUUACAUCAACCGUGUCAUGUGGGCGUUUUGCGUUUACUUGGAAUCUGUCUCUGUUCUGCCUCAGCUUCGAUUAAUGCAGAAUGCUCAAAUCAUAGAGCCUUUCACAGCUCAUUACGUGUUUGCGCUAGGUAUCGCUAGAUUUUUAGCAUGCGCUCAUUGGCUUAUCCAGGUCUUUGAGACUCGUGGACGUUACCUAUGGCUAAUCGGCGCUGGUUACUUCUGGUUCCCGAUGGCUCUAUUAGCCGAGGCCGUUCAAACCUUCAUCCUUGCCGACUUCUGCUACUACUAUGUCAAAAGUGCUAUGGAGGGUCAGCUCGUACUGAAGAUGCCCGUUUAGAUCAGUACAGAUGAAAACCGAUACAUUUUGUUGUUUUUGUCAACUUAAGCUACCUGUAACCAAAAGUAGAUGCUUAAAAUAAUCUAAACAGGUUUUUUUCUUCAUUUUCCUGCUUUUUGUUUCAGAAUAUUUAGAGAAGUUUGGUAUCAAAAAUAGCCAAGAAUGGUCUUUCUCUC